UCCAGCCGGGCCGGAUGUGCGGUUGCACACUGAAGUGCUGGACGAAAAUGGCGCUGUGUGUCAGUGAAUGUUGUUAAAGUCGUGAGUCUUUCUGCUGUCCUUGUCUUUGGAGUUGAUAAUGAAGAUAUAGAUGAUGAAGAUAAUGAAGAUGACGGCGUAUCAGUGCUGCAGUGAGUGUGUGCUCGGCUGAAGCGCGUGUGGAGCAGCUCUGGUCUCUGAAGCGCUCCUGGAUGCAGGAGAUGAAGCCGGCUGCGCUUUCGGGCUCCAAUGGCCUGAAUGGAGCUUCAGGAUCAUCGGUGCGUGUCCCCUGCAGCCGCCUGUCCCGCGCGGGCCGCAUGGCGCUGGAUCUGCAGAGUAAAUGUGCGGCGUAUGUUCUGGCUCUGCGGCCCUGGAGCUUCAGCGCGUCCCUCACGCCCGUGGCUCUGGGCAGCGCUCUGGCCUACAAGCUGGAGGGCUCGGUGGACCUGCUGCUGCUGCUGGUCUGCGCGGUGGCCGUGCUGCUGGUCCACGGAGCCGGAAACCUGGUCAACACCUACUACGAUUUCUCCAAGGGAAUCGACCACAAGAAGAGCGACGACCGCACGCUGGUGGACCAGAUCCUGAAGCCGCAGGACGUGGUGAUGUUCGGAGCAGCGCUGUACUCCGCAGGAUGUCUGUGCGCCACGCUGCUCUACUUCCUGUCCAGCCUCAAACUGGAGCAUCUGGCGCUCAUUUAUUUCGGAGGACUGUCCAGCUCGUUCCUCUACACCGGAGGAAUCGGGCUGAAGUAUGUGGCUCUGGGAGACGUGGUAAUCCUCAUCACCUUCGGGCCGCUGGCGGUGAUGUUUGCUCAUGCGGUUCAGGUGGGUUACCUGUCGGUGCUGCCGCUAGUGUACGCCGUGCCGCUAGCGCUAAACACUGAAGCCAUCCUACACAGCAACAACACACGGGACAUGGACUCGGACAAGCAGGCGGGCAUCGUGACGCUGGCCAUCCUGCUGGGACCCACGCUGUCGUACGUCAUCUACAACCUGCUGCUGUUCGUGCCCUACCUGCUCUUCUGCAUCCUCGCCACGCGCUACACCAUUAGCAUGGCGCUGCCGCUGCUAACGCUGCCCAUGGCGUUUCCUCUGGAGAGGCAGUUCCGGUGCCAGUGUUACGCCAAAAUCCCGCAGAAAACAGCCAAGCUCAACCUGCUGAUGGGACUCUUCUACGUGUUCGGGAUUAUCUUGGCUCCGCAGGGUAGCCUGCCGUUAUUGUGAAUUUAUUUUAUGUGUUUUAAGUUAGUUUCUUUUGUAUUUAUAGCAGUGCUAAUUUAAAGGUGAAAGACUUUCUCUUGUUGUUGUGACUUUGUUUUUUGGGGAGUGAGCAGACACUGAAAAAAUGGAUUAAUAAAUAAAUGUUUUUCUUAUUUGGAGCUUUUGUCUUGAUUUAAACGUUAAUUUUUGAUAUUUGGGCUAAAAACCAGAAGUAAACAUCUUUGUCUUGACUUCAGAAAAAGAAAAGAGUCCAAAUUAAGUGAGUUUUGCAUUAAAAUGAGCAAAAUAAGCUGCCAGUUUGGUGAGCAAACAUUUUCUUUGUGCUUGAUUUAAUGAUAAACUCACUUAAUUUCGACUCAUUAUUUCUGAAAUCAACACAAUAUUUAGAGCUCGUCUAGAAAAUGCUGACUGAUUUAGGAACUUUGAGAUAUUUGGACUAGAAACAAGACAAAAACAGAACAAGAAAAGCAUUUAUUGCAGUGUAAAGUGCAUAGGCUGCCCGGGACAUCAGUGUUGGAAACAAACGGAGCAGUCUGUGAAUGAAGAAACGCUAUAUAAAUAUAGUUUACUAGUGGAUGAAUAAACGCUUCAGAUAUUCUUAGGGCCGUUCUGGUUAUUUCAUGUUUUUGUAAACAUGAGUAGAGAUGAUUUUGUAAUCGUUUUUGAUUGUAUGAUUUUGUUUUAUAAAACUGAUAUCCGUCAGAUCUCAAGCACAAGCUCUUCAUGUCGCUCAGUCUGGUCAGUGGUUGCUGUUCUAUUUGGGUAGCUUAGCAUUGCAUUAAGUUAUUAUUUAGUUCUGGUGCCAUUGGAUUUGAAUGACUUUCUUCAAUUGGCUUGGGUUUAUUUAUUUAUUUUUUUGCCAAAUGAGCGAUCCUCCAGACUGCUCAAUCUACAAGAAAUGUUUAGUUAAAUAAAACCGAUGCUCCUCAGCUGGAUCUUAAAUGAUAGACGGACUGCGGUACUUUUUUUUCUUUCCCAAAAUAAAUCAUAUACCAAA